AUGUAUCUUUUCCGCCGCUCGACUGCCGCAUCGCCGGUGCUGCAGCUUCUUUUCGGAAUCUUCCUCAUCGCAGAGACACAGGCCAUUCCCUUUCCGCUCCUGUGGGGGAUCUACGGCUAUAAAGAGGAUAUCUGCACAGGCAAAGAUACGGACGAACGCAUCUGGACCGACCAUGACUUCCGGAGCCAAGACUGCAAGAAGCUCCAAUACGACAAGGGCAAGCCCGGCGUCUUCGAGCUCGACGAUUUCGACGACUGCCGUCUCACGUUCUACGACGAAGGUGACGACAACUGCAAAGUCCCUACCAGCAUGUCGUACACAGCGCCCAAAGACGACGAUACUGUAAAAUGCUGGAAUUGGGAUCCCACGUGGAAGUAUUAUAAGGUCGAGUGUGGUCAGAGUGAUUCAGAAUAG